AUGGCCCUCUCGCUGCUUCGGAUUCCGUCAUUCCCGCCUUACACAGGGCCACAUAAUGUUGGUACUUCCGAGAUUGAGAUCCCCGUGUCAGCUCUUGAAUCACCGGCCCCUACCCCGGAAUCAGAUAUUCCUCUUUCUACAAUUCUAUUCCGGGUAUUCUACCCUGCGGACCAUGUAGGACAGUCAUCGAAACCCGUUUACUGGAUCCCAGAGCCGCAGAGCGUCUUUACUAGAGCAUUGGGGGAGUUCGUAGGCUUUCCAAAGCGGCUCUCAUCAAUUUUAGCGCUUCUUCCAAAUACGAUUAGAUGGACGAAGAUACCAGCCCAUCAAAAUGCACCCCUGAAACCAUCAACACUCCAGUCAAAGCGUUGGCCCGUAAUGGUUUUCUCCCACGGGCUGGGGGGCUCCAGAAAUACAUACAGCUAUCUUUUGGGGUGUUUGUCUAGCUACGGAAUGGUCGUCAUUGCUCCAGAACACCGGGACGGAAGCAGCCACAUCUCCUUUAUUAGAGAUUCCAGCGGACAGAAUACUGAAAGAGUCCCAUUCCAACAGAUGAAACAUAUUUUCGAUGAAGAUAUCCUCCGGAGACGACAUGACCAGCUGAGGAUCCGGCUGUGGGAAUUCGGCCUUGUGCACGAUGCGCUUCUGAAGCUAGAUGCUGGAGCAAAGAUUGGAAACCUGAUCGACGAUGACAGUACCAAUGGUCCAGUAUUCACUUCCAGCCUGGAUGUCCGUUCUCCAAGCAGCAUUACAUGGGGCGGUCACUCAUUUGGGGCAGCCAGUGUUGUCCAAUUUGUCAAGUCCAUAUAUUGGGGCCGUGUCAGUAAAAUCGACCCAGUAUCGAGCGCAGCAGAACCAUAUUUCUCACAGUAUCGACCCUUAUACGAACCGCAAUCAGACAGCAAGAUCGUUUCACAAAUUACACCAACCUCACCUCUUGUUCUGCUUGAUCUCUGGAACCUUCCGCUGCUGGGGGAUGAUGUGAAAUGGCUUUGGGAGAAGCCGCUGCCCUGCUACACUGCCGACUCUACCAAGGGCCAGCACCAGGCUGCAAACGUUCUGGCUAUCAUGAGUGACGAGUUCUUCAAAUGGGCAGCUGGCCUCAAGGCAACUCGAUUCACAUUAUCGAAUCGCCCGGUUCCUGGAUCUCCUGAACCUGAUCCUGUCGUCAGCAGCAGACGACAACCCAGAGUCUUUUAUGCCGCCAAGUCAGCCCAUAUGAGUCAAUCAGAUGCUGGUGUCCUAUUCCCCUGGGCAAUGAAGCGAUGGGUCAAUGCUGAGGAACCGGAGCGAACGAUGCAACUGAAUGUAACUGCAAUUAUUCAAAUGCUGAGAGAAUGCGCUGUCCCGUUUGACCUGGAUGAGGCUGUUAUACAUGCUUUGGAAAAUGUAGCGGAAGUCACUGUUGACAACAAUAAUGGCAAUAAUACCGGGAACCAGAAUGUGGCUAACGGGAAAGAAAAUAAUUUCAGUCCGGGUAUUUUUGCAACAGAUGGAUCGAUUCGCGGCUGGCUGCCUGUUCCUUUGACUGAUGAUAGCCAACCUGUUCAGGAAUUUGAGGUGCGGACACCGCCCAAGCUUUGA